GUGGUCAGAACUCAGUCAGAAGUCAGAACUCAGAAGAUAAAUAAACAUAAAAAAAAUAAUAAUUUGCUUGAAGUAAAAGAACUUAAUGAUUUCAAUGAUGAAAAUUUACUAUUGAUCAUCACUUAUUAAUAUGGAACAGCUCCCAGUGGAAAUUAUCGAAAAUAUAUUAACAAAUCCCAGGAUAUCCAUUGAAGACAUUGUGCAUUUUUCUUCAACUUGCCAUUAUUUUCAUGAAAUUGUCUUCAGUAGCAAUUUAGUUUGGAAAGUGAAAUUGUUUCAGAGAUGGCCACAAUUAAAAAAUCUUCUUGAAAUCAGGCAUAUAAACUUUCAACAUGAAGUUCGGUAUAUUUAUGAGCUCAGACAAAAAACUAGGAAGAUGUUGGAAAAAAUGCCACCUAAGUUUUAUAAAAAAUAUGAAAUAUCAGACUCUGACCUAUAUGAAUGGAAUGGAAUAUUGAAUGAGAAAGAUGAAGCUUAUAAUUAUCUUGUGAUGGAUCUAAUGGACAUUGUAAAUACUGAUGUCCCUAUAAAUAGCAUUGAGGUAGUCCCUUUGAAUACACCAGGUAACAAAACUCUACAAUAUUAUGCCAACAAAGUCCUAAGAUACAUAAGACAGCUACACCUAUCAAAAGUCUGGAAAAACUACAUAUCACUUCCACCUGAAAGACAGAUACUUGAGAUUGGAGCAGUCUUUGUUGCACAGUGGUGUCAGCCAAAUGUAGAAGUAACUCUAGAAGACAUUACUUGCAGACUUGAUCAAAUUGCAUGGAAAGUUAGACAUGCAUUACAAGUAUCUCACCCACAGCACCCUUUAUUCCAAGCCACUCCAGAAGAGUUGGAACUGUGGAGAAUUGAAAAUAAGGCUAGAAAUCAGUGGAAUGUGAAUGAGUGUAGACAGUUGAUAGCUGUUAUAAGAGAAGUGUUGUUCGAACAAAUGGGGUUUAGUGGAAAUAACCAUGCCUACUUUAUGCCACAAAAUUCAUUUGUUAAUGAAGUUUUAGAUAAAAGACAAGGGUUACCCAUCAGUUUAGCUAUAGUUUUUGAAGCUGUAGCAAGAAGGCUUGGCUUGAGAUGUGAACCAAUCAGUUUUCCUGCUCAUUUUCUUUUGAGGUUUGUUGAAAGCUCUGAUCCAGACUCUGAUUGGUACUACAUUGAUGUUUUUAAUGGGGGUCAAAUCAUUAGAAAAGGUGCCUGUCCACAUAGCAGGUUUUCUGGCACAAGAGACCUAUUCCCUGUUGCAACAGCUUUGCAAGUUGUUGAACGCAUGGCAAAUAAUCUAGAAGUAUCUGCAAGGCAACAUGCUCAUCCCAAUGGAAGGAUAACUAGGUUGAGGUCUAGUUUGGAGUUGUUAAAAUUGGUGAAUCCAAAGGAUAUUUCAGCUUUAGUAAGCUUAGCUAGAUUAUAUAUGUUGCACAAUAUGGAUACUAAACCAUUGGAGCAGUUUCUAUUGUCCCAGGAGUUUGAGGUUCCAGAACAAGCACAGAGGGUGGUCCACAUGCUGCGCGACUACGAGGCCCACCACUCGCGCGCCGACGCCGGUCUCUUCGACCAGGUGGAGGCGGCGCAGCGCAGCCCCAACCUCUCGUACGCCGUCGGAAUGGUGAUGCGCCAUCAGACGCUCGACUACCGCGGCGUCGUCUACGACUGGGACCCCGUGUGCCUGGCGGCGGCCGAGUGGCAGGCGCAGAACCACGUAGAGAAGCUGCAGCUGCGGGACGGCCAGCCGUUCUACAACGUGCUGGUGGAGGACGGCUCGCAUCGAUAUGUAGCGCAAGAAAAUUUGGUACCAACUAAUGAUAGAGAAGCCAUAUACCUGAACGAUGACGUUGGCAGACAUUUCUCACACUUUUUUGAAACACACUAUGUCCCAAACGCGGAAAAAGAAAAGGAGUACCCAGCAGACAGGCAGAUACGGCACUGGUUCCACCAACAGAAGAAACUGGAGAGUUUCAACAACCUGUAGUACAUGCUUUAGAUGUAUGUGGAUUGUGGAGUCGAUGUUUUUAUUUAUUGAAUUUAUCUAUUUAUUUUACUUUGGAUUGGCAAGUGAUCAUUUGGUAAGUGUAUAUUUUAUAAGUUGAAUGUUUAUUUCGCAUCUUUUACCAAUGUUUCAUGUUCGUGUGGAUAACUAAGGUAUGUAAGCAAAAAAUACUUUCCAACAUAACACUCUUGAACAUUACAUCAGCAUAUACAUAUACAAGGUGUUUCUAGGCCAGUGGAACAGUUGAAUAUCUGUGGAACCAAUGUGUAUUUUUGAGAAAAAUAAUAUCCAAUACAAUAUUAUUAUCAU